CUUAUAAACCCUACUAUCACUUUCUUGCUCUAGCGGCGGGAUCUCACUUUCUACUCUCUGGUCAUGGCGACACGGAAAUUUAGCGGGAUUGUAUUUCUCUCUCUACUACUGCUCAUUUCAGUUGCUUCUGCCAAGGUGUUCUUCGAGGAGCGCUUUGAAGAUGGAUGGGAAAGCCGGUGGGUUAAAUCUGACUGGAAGAAAGAGGACAACAUGGCUGGGGAGUGGAAUUACACAUCUGGUAAAUGGAACGGAGAUGCUAAUGAUAAAGGUAUACAAACAAGUGAAGACUACAGAUUUUAUGCCAUAUCUGCUGAGUACCCUGAAUUCAGCAACAAGGAUAAAACACUAGUCUUCCAAUUUUCUGUCAAACAUGAGCAAAAGCUUGAUUGUGGUGGUGGAUACAUGAAAUUGCUUAGUGGUGAUGUGGAUCAAAAGAAAUUUGGUGGCGAUACCCCUUACAGUAUCAUGUUUGGACCUGAUAUUUGUGGGUAUGCAACAAAGAAGGUUCAUGCAAUUCUUACAUACAAUGGAGAAAACAAAUUGAUCAAGAAAGAUGUUCCUUGUGAAACUGAUCAACUUACACAUGUUUAUACCUUUAUUCUACGCCCUGAUGCUACUUACAGUAUCCUCAUUGACAAUGAAGAGAAACAAACAGGAAGUUUGUACUCUGAUUGGGAUCUUCUUCCAGCAAAACAGAUAAAGGACCCUGAGGCCAAAAAGCCUGAAGAUUGGGAUGAGAAGGAAUACAUCUCUGAUCCUGAAGAUAAGAAGCCUGAGGGUUAUGAUGACAUCCCAAAGGAGAUUCCGGAUCCAGAUGCUAAAAAGCCAGAAGAUUGGGAUGAUGAGGAAGAUGGUGAAUGGACAAUACCAACUAUUCCAAACCCUGAAUACAAGGGUCCAUGGAAGGCAAAGAAAAUCAAGAACCCCAACUACAAAGGGAAGUGGAAGGCACCCAUGAUUGACAACCCAGAUUUUAAGGAUGACCCUGAUCUCUAUGUAUUCCCCAAGCUGAAGUAUGUUGGCAUUGAGUUGUGGCAGGUAAAAUCUGGAACUUUGUUUGACAAUGUAUUGAUAUGUGAUGAUCCUGAAUAUGCCAAACAACUAGUGGAAGAAACUUGGGCCAAACAAAAAGAUGCUGAAAAAGCUGCAUUUGAAGAACUAGAAAAGAAACGCGAGGAAGAGGAAUCCAAGGAUGAUCAUGUUGAUUCUGAUGCUGAUGAUGAGGGCAAUGAUAGUGGUGAUGAAGCCGAACCCGAGGAGGAAGAGGAAGCAGAUGAUAAUGAUAUCAAGGAUGAGCUAUAGGGGGAUAAUACCAAAUUACCAAUUGCAAACUAUAUCCAAAAUAUAAAGUUGAGAGAUGUUAGACGUUGAGAUUUUUCCCUUUCUUUUUAUAGCUUUAUAUAUUUUAGGCCUUUGGAAUAUGGAUAGAGAUAUAAAAACAAAUUUAAGGCUGUGGAUUCAGAUCUUGUGUAUCGUUGGAUUCAAUUGGCAUCUCGACUAUUGAAGCGAGGGAAAAAUAUGUGUGUAGUUUGAGGCAAAAAAGAAAAAUACUUAGUUUACGUUUUAAAUUA